UUAAAGUACAUAGCUGUCAUAUUCUUAUUAUUUCAGUCUAAAAAUAAUUCCCCAAAUAUUAUAACAUUACCUAAUUUUAACGCAAUAUGAUUAUUUCAAGAAUUUCUCGACUAAUGGUCCAGACCAAGAAUUUGUCUCGUCAUGAACAAGCCCUUCAAAAGAGGACUGCCACUACGACUCCAACUGGUGCCAUUCUACCAGAACCAGAGAAGAAACCCUUUGGUCUAGUAAGCGUAGUGUGUGCAGUUAUACCAGGCCUACUUAUUGGAGCUGCUAUUAGUAAAAACAUAGCUAACUUCUUGGAAGAGAAUGAACUGUUUGUGCCUUCUGAUGAUGAUGACGACGAUGACUAAUGCAGAAAUCUGAAGGGUAACAAGCAAUAUUUAUUAUAUAUUUGGCUCGAAUAACAUUACGUAGGAUAAUAUUCACAGUAUAUUAUAUAUUUAUUUUAAAUUAUUUAUCUGUUCUAAAACUUGUUUGCAUUGAAAUAUAAUAUAUUUCUUUUCAGAUAAUAUGGGUGAAUCUAAAUUAUUUAAAAACAAAGUUUGUUAUCAUAGUUUAUUAGUAAGUAUAGGUUUGUUACAAAAAUCUUUAUUAUCGUAAUUUGAGCUCAAGCUUUUCUUCCAAAUAUUGCACUAUUUAUAUUUAGUAAUCAUUGGACAUUCAAUUUAUAUAUUAGUGACAUCAUAAAUUUUCUAUAUUUACAUAAUUUAUAUGUAUUACAAUAUAAAACUUCAAUAUCAGCAGUUUACUAUGUACAAAUGUAUAACUGUACAACUAAACAAAACAUUAGUAAUAAAUAAUAUUUAAAUGCAUCAUGCUAAUAUGUGUGUACAAGUUCUUGGAAUAGUAAUACAACAUCCUUGUAUGUGAAAUCUAGUCAUUUUAUAUUACUACUCCAAUUUAUAGGUAAUAUUAAUAAGAAAUACAUGUACAUUUACCAUUGUUUAUCUCAGGACAAAAUCAAAUAAAAGUUAUUUAGUGUUUGUGGCCCUCAUUCACAGAGAUAUGGGAGAAUGUAGUAUGGACAAGUGUGCAUUUUACUUACACACACAUUAUUGUUCUUUCCACAUCCAUGACCUAUCUUACCACUCUUGCACAAGUGUGUAUAAAUAUUUGCAGUACAUGGAGGGCUAUGUGUAACUUGUAUAUAUUUUCUUUAAGUCCAGUCUAUUGUUAAUUUUAUGAAUUAUAAAUAUUUAUUAAAUAGGAACAAAAAUAUAUAAACUUAUUAUUUUUAGCAUACUGUCAAAUUAUGUAAAACAACAUACAUGUAAUUGUAUAUUCAUAAUAAUUGUAGAUAGCAUAUAAACAUUUCUGUCCCAAAAUUAAAAAGUAUGUUGUCACAUUAAUUUGUGCUUUAAUAUUUUAUAAGUGAAAGUGUUAAAUAAAUGACUUGCUAAAAUGGCAUGA